AUGAGGCGGCCGCGGCCGCGGCCGCGGUGUCAUGCUGACGUCAUCACGCUGGGUCAGCAGCGGGGUCACGCUGAUGACGUCAUCACGCUGGACGCUCUCCCGCUGGACGUGCUCCUCAUCGUCUGCUCCUGCUACCUCGACGCCGCCGCGCGCCGCAACCUCCGCGUCGUCUGCCACGCGUUCCGCCGCCUCGUCGACGAACCGAGCGUGUGGCGCCGCCGCGCCAUCGCCCUCCACGACCUCGCAGCGCUCCCCGUCCUCGCCCGCCGAGACGCACGCCACCUGGUGGCCGACAGGUGCGCCUGCUGCGGCCGCAGCGCGUGGCGGGAGAUCGGGCGGCGGCUGCCGAACCUCCGCAGCGCGCUCGUAGGGAAUGCCCCGCUCGGGGCCGUCGUCGCCGCCGCCCCGUACCUCACAGCGCUGUUCGCCAGGCGGCCCGUGUACGUUGAGGAGGAGCUGGCGCGGCUGGGUGAGAGACUCGAGGUGCUCGCGCUGCGCGGCAUCGUCACGGCGACGGAGGUCGCGACCUUCGCCGCGUUCUCGCGGCUCCACGACCUGCGUCUGCACGUGUACCCCCGCUUGCUCCCCACCGUCGCCAUCGUUGCCGACCUUCUCUACGCGCUGCCUGCGCUGCGCGACCUCACGAUCCUCACCACGGGAGACCCAGGCCGCUGUGCGUUCCAUGAGGGCGGCGCCGGCGCCCUCUUCGUGCCGUCGUCGCACGCGGCGGCGCGGUGGACGCCGUGCGGGACGUCGUGUCCGCGGGACGUCGCCGCGUCGCCGCACCUGCACUUGGAGCGCGUGACGCUGGGCGGGUGUGCGCCGCCGGUCGGGUUCGCCGCGCGUCUGCCGCGCAUGCGCCGCGUCGCGAUGUUUGGCAGAGGCAUCUUGAUGAUCGGCAUCGUGGCCGGCGCUCGCUGCUACGCCAUGCGUCGCCGCGGCAACGGCGACAUGCAGAUGGUCGAAUACUCCGGCGCGGAAUUCGAAUAUUCCGCAAUUGACGCCAAUAACGACACCGUGCGUCUCGACAACAACUACGCCAGCAGGCGCAUUGUCGCUGCCAUCCCGCGUGCCAAGCUCGAGGAACAAUUGCACAGGUGACCUGACGACGCUGAAAACGAAGCCAUUCCGCAUAAAGGAAGGCUGCAGCUAUCGACUCGAGGUCAACUUCUGGGUGCAGAGAGAGAUCGUGUCCGGGCUCCGGUACGUGCAUACUACCUACAGACAAGGCGUUAAAGUCGACCAGGACGGCUGGAUGAUCGGCAGUUACGGUCCGAAGCGCGACCUUCAGUCGUACGUGACGCCGACGGAGACGGCGCCCUCUGGUGUCGUCGCGUGCGGCGAGUACACCGUCAAGUCUUCGUUCAUCGACGACGACAAGAUCGAGCAUCUGCAGUGGGAGUGGUGCUUCAAGAUUCGCAGAGACUGGGACUAGGACUGGGAGCUGGGACUGGGACUGGGAGCUGGCACUAGGACUUGACUUGGGAGCUGAGACUGGGACUAGGACUGGGAGCUGGGACUAGGACUGGGACUGGGACUAG